GACGACUGUGGAAGAUUUGAAGAAGAAAAAAAAAGAAGCACUUCCGGUUCAAGUCUAAAUCAAUCCGAGCGAGCAAUUGUACUGAUGUGCUUAUUGUGCUAACACGUCUGGAUUAAAGAAGACUCGAGCAUCGAAUCUGAUCCCGCAGGGACCCACGAGACAACAUGGCGACCACCAUCAGCACUCAGCGGGGGCAGGUGUAUAUCGGGGAGCUUCCCCAGGAGUUCCUUCGGAUCGCUCCCACACAGCAGCAACAGCAGGUGCAGCUGGAUGCUCAGGCAGCCCGGCAGCUGCAGUUUGGGGGCUCAAUCGGCACCGUAGGCACCAUAGGGCGACUCAGCAUUACUGUGGUCCAGGGCAAGUUGGCUAAAAACUAUGGGAUGACUCGGAUGGAUCCGUACUGUAGGGUCCGACUGGGCUACGCAGUCUACGAAACACCAACCGCUCACAACGGAGCUAAGAACCCGCGCUGGAACAAGGUGAUCCAGUGCACCGUACCUCCUGGGGUGGACUCCUUCUACCUGGAGAUUUUUGAUGAGAGAGCGUUCUCUAUGGACGACAGGAUAGCAUGGACCCACGUCACCAUCCCCGAAGGCCUGCGGCAGGGCAGUGUGGUGGAUGAGUGGUACAGCCUCAGUGGCAGGCAGGGUGACGACAAGGAAGGCAUGAUCAACCUGGUGAUGUCUUUUGCUUCCGUACCAGCAGGGAUGAUGACUCAGCCGGUCGUCCUGAUGCCGUCUGUGUAUCAGCAAGGGGUCGGAUAUGUGCCCAUUGCAGGAGUGCCUACCAUGUACAACCAGGGCAUGGUGCCCAUGGCAAUGCCAGCAGCAGCCGUGCCAGCUGUUGGGGGCCAGGUGCAACUGUGCAGCGAGGAGGACCUGAAGGCCCUGCAGGACAUGUUCCCCAACUUGGAUAAAGAGGUGGUUCGCACUGUGCUCGACGCACAGCAGGGCAACAAGGACGCUGCCAUCAACUCUCUGCUGCAGAUGGCCGAGGAGCUCUAAUGCAGAACACACACACACACACACACACACGCAUGCACAGACGUAUAAAACAGUCAGUUUAUUCUGAGACUGUCCACUCUUUGUGCAAACACAGACUCAAAGCUCACCCACACAAAGUAGCCUGGUCCCCCUGGAGAUGUGGUUCCUCUCCCUUUACUGACUCUUCAGAUGAUCAGUACCAGAUGUAUUUUGGAAAGUCCCGUCAGGAUGAUUGAGGUUUAAAUCCCAGCGAGCUGAUGCAGGGUUUGAUUUGCACUGUUUGAGCUGUGGUGAGUUCAGAGUCCCAUCUUCUGCUUUUCAUUUGAUGUGUAGAACAUGUCUGUAGUAACCUGCAGUGAAUUUCUACUGUUUCAUAUGUUGCUGUAAAAUGUUCAGUGCAUUCAAAAUCUGACAGAUUAUAAUGUAUGUAUUAAAUUAUAUAGAAUUCUAUAUGGCGAUGAAAGUGUUGAGAAUCAAGGGGUCAGGGUUUAGAAGUGAACUGAAUCUUUCACAGUGAUGACAAAUUAUUUGCAACGUUUAGAUUAAACCCACUUCAAUCGGAUCUGAAGACUGCUCCAUCCUGUGGAGUAACUAUUUAAAUGAUGUCCGUGUUUUGAUGCUCAGCAGGAUGUUGUCUGUAGGGUAACCCUCCACAGGGACCUGGGUAACGUGAAGACCUGAAGACCUGCAUAUCCUCACGCUGACAGCAGAGCGCUACAUGUUUAGUCUGGUUAUUCCUUCAGUUUCACAAACGGUCUUUAUUCUAAUGUGCUGUAUGCCAAAGGUUUCAUUUAAGAGAUGUUGUCUUUUUGCUUGUGAUUCCAAAACCAUUGUUAUGUUGUUCUGUUAUGGUCAGAUGAUUAAAUUCAUAAUUAAUGUCCACCCUGCAA